CUUCCUGGUCUCCUCACUUUUAGCACUAGAAGGUUGUGUGAAGUUAAAAUACAUUUUUCUUUACUUCGCAUCACGAGUACGGAUUAAUCACGAUUAAAUGUAGUCAUUGAUGCAUAUUCGGACCAUGAAAUGCGAGUAGUUGAGUUAUUUUAGUUUAUUUUCCCAUUGAACAAGACUCUUGUCUAGUCUGGACUCCAUGCAGUGAUUGGUCAGCUUCUCGUUAAUGGUCGCGUGGGGCAACGAGGACUUCAUCUGGGGCAAACAAGAGAAAGUGGAAGGAAUCAGGUUUAGGAUCAUUCAGCGUCAUCCUUAUCUGUAACCUUCAAGAAGAGGAGCUGCAUAAAAUGGCUAAUGUUGAUGAUGCUCAAGCAGAAUUGGACUCAGUGGAGGCGGAGCUGGAGAUGGUGGAACUGCAGAUCUCUGAGUUGCUGGAGAAACAGACCAGGCUGAACUCCAGGAAGAACAAACUACUGAAGGUCCUAGAGGGAGCAUGCAGCUCAGCCCAGCCUUCUGGAUCCAGCAAAACUCCCAAAUCUUCAUUCAGCAAACAGGACCUUCAACACUAUGAAGACUCUGAUUUCUCUUGGUCUAAAGAAGUUCAGGUGAAUCUGUGUAACGUAUUCCAGCUCUCCAAAUUUCGCCCUCUGCAACGAGCAGCCAUCAAUCUGAGCAUGUCAGGGAAAGAUCUUUUCCUGGUAAUGCCCACCGGUCGAGGAAAAAGCUUGUGUUACCAGCUGCCAGCCCUCUGCUCUAAAGGAUUCACGUUAGUUAUCGCCCCACUGGUGUCUCUGAUGGAGGAUCAGCUGAUGUAUCUACAGUCCGUUAAUGUACCAGCAGUGACUCUCAAUGCCUCCAGUUCAAAAGAGGACUCUAAAAGGAUUUUGGCAGGAAUGACGGAUAAAAACAGCCCCUUCAAAUUGCUCUAUGUAACCCCAGAGAAAAUCGCUAAGAGCAAACUGCUGAUGUCCAAACUGGAAAAGGCCUUUAACUUGGGUCUGCUGGCACGCAUCGCAGUGGAUGAAGUUCACUGUUGCAGUCAGUGGGGCCAUGACUUUAGGCCAGAUUACAAGCUCUUGGGUAUAUUAAAGCGGCAGUUCCCUAAUGUUCCUUUGAUCGGACUGACUGCCACUGCUACUAGCAGCGUUCUUAAAGACUGCCAAAAGAUCCUGUGCGUUCAGGAACCCGUUACACUUACAGCACCGUUCAACAGACCAAACCUUUACUAUGAGGUUCGUUUUAAAGAUAACGAAGACUGCACUGAUCAAAUUGCAUCACUGAUCAGAGGGAAAUACAAAAACCAAUCAGGGAUUGUAUAUGUGUUCUCUCAGAAAGAUGCAGAAGCUGUAGCUACAGAGCUGCAGAAGCGGGAUAUUGUUGCACAGCCAUAUCACGCCAACAUGGAGCCUUCGCACAAGUCUCUAGUGCAUCAGCGAUGGUCCUCCAAGAAAAUCCAGGUGGUUGUUGCCACUGUGGCUUUCGGGAUGGGCAUCGACAAGGCUGAUGUACGAUUUGUAAUCCAUCACACCAUCAGUAAAUCUAUCGAAAAUUACUAUCAGGAAAGUGGACGUGCAGGAAGGGAUGAUAGCCCAGCAGAUUGUAUCGUGUUCUUUGGGUUUAUGGACAUCUUCAGGAUAAGCACAAUGGUUGUGAUGGAAAACACUGGACAGCAGAAGCUCCACAAUAUGGUGGCAUAUUGUCAAAAUGUGGACAGGUGUCGUCGUGCUAUGAUGGCCAUUCAUUUUGAUGAAGUUUGGAAUGACGAAGAGUGCAAUCAAAUGUGUGAUGUCUGUCGGCAUGGCAACGACUACAUCACAAUGGACAUCACGGAGCAUGCUCGAGAUGUUAUUCAUAUAGUAGAAUUGGCCAGCUCUAUGGAUGAAAAGUUGACGCCUCUGAAAGUCUGUGAUGCUUGGCUGGGGAAAGGGCCUGCCAAGCAGCGCAAAAUGAUAAAGCUCACAUCCCUGUCACGCCUGGAGGUGGAGUCUGUUAUCAUCCACCUUUUGUUGCAUGGUUACUUCAGUGAGGACUUCAGCUUCACUCCAUACACAACGCACUUCUACCUUAAGCUGGGUCGGAAGGCAGCCCUCCUGAAGAACAGCAGUCACUCCAUCACUAUGAAGAUGAGGAGGAGAGGGACCUCCCACAGUACCGAUGUUCACGAGGAAGUAGAAACGACCUUGAUUGACGAGUCAAACAUGGCCGUUCAAAGAUGUAAAAAAACAAAAAUUCACAAAAAUCACCAAAACAUGGAGAAAAGACUUUCUCAAAACCACGAUGAAAGUCUUGCUUUAGAAGCAAGCGAAUACAUAAAGCCAACCUCAGUAUUUCAGGUUGAUGUAGAGGUCAACCUUGUGGAAGAACAGAAUUGUGUAAGUCAAGAUGAAAAUGGUCUUGAAAACACCCACGAACACCAACAAUCUUCACUAAAAAAGAGACAAAAACAGAACUGCGCUGCUAAUGUUGACCAGGCAAAAGUAAAUCUGGAAAGCGCUCCUUCUGAGCUCUCCAUCAUCUCUGCAGCUGCCGUGGAGGAACUGCACCAUCUGCGCAGCUACUACAGCAAGCAGUUACGAAGGAUCAACUACAUUUCCCAUGAGCACUUGCAAAGCUCCCAACCUGGGAUGCUGACGUGUAUGAAAGAGCCCUUCAAAAGCCUCCGUUUCCCAUCGAGGACGAGUUUAACAAAAGGUGCCAGGAAUUUGUGGACUCGUGUUAGUAUGAGGAGAAAGCUCAUACAGUAAAUUAUGUUCUGGUUACUCUUUUUGUUUUCUUUUUUUUUCAGUAGUUUGAAGAUAUAUCAAAUGUUUUUGUCAAAUAAACCUAUUUGGUUAUCCUAA